CUUCAGAAGCUACGUGCCGCUGUGCUCAUGUCUUCCAGGAUCCAGCAACCGCUUCUGUUGAGAAACUUUCAGGAUCCCUGAGGCCCAGCAGAGAUGUUCCGGGUGUGGCUCCAGGCGGCGGGGCUCCUGUGGCUGUGCGGCGGCUGUGCGGGCGGCUCUGGGCGGCUGUACUCGGAGGAGGAUCCGCUGGUGAUCCUGGGCAGCAGCAGCCUGAAGCCCACCGUCACCAACUCCUCCUCGGCCUGGCUGGUCCAGUUCUACUCCUCCUGGUGCGGACAUUGCAUCCAGUACUCCAACACAUGGAAGGCUCUAGCUCAGGACGUGAAAGAUUGGCAUGAGGCCAUCGCUGUGGCCGUGUUGGACUGCGCUCAGGAGGAAAACUUUGAGGUCUGCAAAGAGUUCAGCAUCAAGUUCUACCCAACAUUCAAGUUCUUCGCAGCUCACAGCUCAGCGGCGGACAAAGGAACGAUCUACAGAGGAGCGGACCGUGAGGUCCGGUCCGUCCGGCAGCUGAUGGUCAACAUCCUGCAGAACCACAGCAGAACGGACCGGCCCCAGAGCUGCCCCCCGCUGGAGCCCUACAGUGCUGCUCAGCUGCUGCCCCUGCUGGGUCAAAGGUCGGAUCACUACACGGCCAUCGUCGUGGAGGAGGCGGGGUCGUUCGUUGGCCGGGAGGUGAUCCUGGACCUGCUACAGUUCUCAGGCGUUGAAGUGAGGAGAGCUCUGACCUCUGACCUCCCCCUGCUGGACGUCCUGAACAUGGCCGCCUUCCCCUCCGUCUACCUGCUGCACCCCAACGGCUCGCACGCCCCUCUGCACAGCGAGAAGCCGCUCCGGUUCUUCUUCUCCUCCCUGCUGCGGAGCCUCCCAGGCGUGCAGCGCCGCAGCAGUUCCGAGGCGACCCAGACGGGGGCGCUGCAGGACGGACGGACGUCGGAGCCGUGGCGGGACUUUGACAGGUCCCAGGUGUACACGGCCGACCUGGAGUCGUCGCUGCACUACCUGCUGCGGGUGGAGCUGGCCGCCCACGGCAUGCUGGAGGGGGCGGAGCUAAAGGUCUUCAAGGACUUUGUCACUCUGGUUGCUAAGCUCUAUCCAGUCGGAGGCUCCGUGGUGAAGCUCAUGGAGACGCUCUCUGAUUGGCUGCUCAGUCUGCCGCUGCAGCAGAUUCCCUACCAGGCCGUCCUGGACCUGGUGGACAACAAGAUGAAGAUCUCUGGCGCGUUCCUGGGGGCGGAGCUUCGCUGGGUUGGUUGCCAGGGCAGCAGGCCGGGGCUGCGGGGCUACCCGUGUUCGCUGUGGACGCUGUUCCACGUGCUAACGGUCCAGCACGACGCAACGCCCACCGCGCUGGACGGCUCAGGUCUGGAGGGCGAGGCAGCGCCGGUGCUGCAGGUGAUGCGCCGCUACAUCCGGACGUUCUUCGGCUGUAAGGAGUGUGGCCGUCACUUUGAGCAGGCGGCGGCCGCCAAUAUGGACCAGGUGACGAGCCGAGAGGACGAAAUCCUGUGGCUGUGGAACCAGCACAACCGGGUCAACACCAGGCUGGCAGGGUCUCUGAGUGACGACCCGGUCUCCCCCAAAGCGCCGUGGCCAAGCCCCGCCCUCUGCCCCGCCUGCCACGAGGAGAGCAACGGCGUCCACGUCUGGAACCACGCCAAUGUCCUCGCCUUCCUUCGUCGCCACUACGGUGCGUCCAACCUGAACCCCAGGUACUCCCUGACCCCCCCACGCCCUCCUGCCGGUGCCGGUCCGGUUCAGACCAGACGGCCUCAGGAGGAACGCCCUGCUGCUGGAGGGGAGAGGAAGGGUGAGGAUCAGGCGGAGCCCCGACCCGUCCAGCCGGGUCCGAGGAGGGGGGAGCAGGUGGUUCUGAUCCGAGGAGAAGGCGGGUUCUGGAUUCUGGGCCUGGGCUUCACCAGCGUGGACAUGAGCCUUUGCGUGGUUCUGUACGGCAGCUCCUGUCUCUUCCUCAUGCUCCUCUUCUUCUUCUUCAAAGUCCGGUCCAGGAGGUGGAAGCUGCGCCACGCCCGGCUCCACGUCUGACCCGCAGCCAGUCCGAACCAGAACUCUGACUGGGUCAGAACCGCUGUUUCCUGUCCCUGGUGGACAUUCCUGAGCAGUUCUGAAAGGAAGCGUCUCAGACAGAACGGAGCCAUCGAACGGGUCUGCGUUUUGGACCAGAACCGGGUCAGCUGGACCAGGUCACAUCGGUGCUGGACAGUGAUUUAAGAUGCUCAACCUGUUUCUGUUUUUAUUUAUUUUACACUGUGAAAAGUUUUGACCCUGAACCGGGUUUUUUUCCUGGACCAGUGGACGUGAUGAGAAACCAGUAUCUGAAUCUGAACUGGACCGGAGUUUAAGUUGUCUUUGUGACAAAUGUUGGGGCUGCUGAUGAACAGAACUCCUGGGGUCCGGCCCAGAACCCGGCUGCUUGUUUGGAUGGGUACCAGCGGGAGGAGUGAGGACUGAGGAGUUGGACCUCCAUGGAAGAGCUCGGUUUGUAGAACCAGGACUGGAUUGAAGUGUGGCUUUGAUCUGGUCCAGUUAAGACUGGUUCUGAGUCAGGGUCCGAUCACAGAAGGAAAACCAGAAUGUGUGUGUCAGGUGAUGAAGCUGCUAAAAUCUGCUCUGUUCUGACGCCCUCUGGUGGUCAAACAUGAAGCUCUCACAAACUGUUUACAUGAAUAAACUCCCGGUGAAUGUUUGAUGUUCAGCUGAGGUUUAUUUCUGACCUGCUCUCCUCUAGACCUGACCUUGAGUUGGGUCAGGUGUUUCUGCAGUGUUUUACUCAUUGAUGUUUCUCAGUGGCUCCCCCUGGUGUUUCCUGCUGUGAAUUGGUUUCAAUCAGAUUGUGUUUUUCUGAUUAUUUGUAAUCUUUGUUAAUGUGUGAAUAAAUCUUGUUGCUGCA